AAUAGCAGCAGCUGACUAGAAAAAUGACCUCGAUUGUUUUGUUUUGGAAAAAUUAGAUUAAUGUUAUUGUUAUUAUUGUGAAUUGUGAAUAUUUGCGAUUUGUGAUCAGAAUUCAUUCGAUUUAUCGUGAUUGUAAACUGUUAAGCAGAACAAAAAUAAAGUUCCUUUUUUAUUGAAAUUUAAAGUGAUAUUACAUUUUAUUUUAUAGUAAAUUAGUAAAUGUUUAGUUAAUGAUGACGUGUGUUGUCUUUAGUAAUUAUUUUGUCAGUUAAAUACCGAGGAAAUACAUUAUAUAUAAACUAUACAGUAUUAUAGUAACUAAGUCAAACAAUAACCAAUGCUAUUGUUUUCAUUAAAACUUGUAUUUAAUUGGAGGCAACAAACAUAAUAUUUAUAAAAUAUUAUAACAUUACAUUGAAGACCAAUUACUAAAAAGAAAAUGUCUUUUCAAUCAUUAGACCUUCUUCUUCAACAAGCGGAUGUAUCAGAAAAUACAAAUUUUACAAAAAAAACAGACAAGAUUAAUUUACAAACACCAUUUGGUUUAAAUGAUUUAAUGUUUGAUGACAAUGAAUUAUAUUCUUGUGACCAAAACCUUUCAUCUUCAAUGGAACAACUGCAUCUUAACAGCCAAGUGACUGGUGAAUGCCAAAACAUAUCAGAUUAUAUAAGCAAACAUUUAUCAUUAUUAUCUACGGAUGAACCUAAACAUUCAGUUGUUGAAAAUGCAAAUAAUAUUGAACCAAAACUACCUCUUUCUGACAUAGAAAGUACAAGUUUCAUAAAUAAUAUAAAAUGUGAAGAUAAAACUACCCCUAAGCCACCUCUUAAAAAUAAAGGUGCCUAUAUUAAAAAAUACAAAAUAUUCCGUACUAAAUCAUUAGCAAAGGUUCGAAAAUCACCUUUAGAAAAACCAGAUUCAGGUUUAAGCUUAACAUUGGGACGAAAAUACCCAAAAUCAAGUUUAAACUUAAUGAAUAAUUAUCUCUGUAAUGUAUUAAUCGAAACGCGAAGCCGUGGGUUCAGAUUUAACACUCCUUCUCCGGACGAAUCAGUGUUAUCAUGGAUGGAUAUUGUUAGACAAAUGCCCAAUAAGUAACAUUUUUAAUGUUAAUAAGCUCUAAAAUAAAUAAUUUGUUAUUUUGAUACUGUUAAAUGUACUAUUUAACAAAUUGACUAUAGAUCAUUAAAAAAAGUGAAAACGAAAGAUGAAAUAUUAUUGAAAAUUGGAACGUCAUUAGUCAUUACAUCAAAUAUAAUUCAGUUCUUAUCUACAAUAUCUUAUAAAUGUAUAUAUACUUUUAUAAAUUAUAGACUACCAUUUUGGUUUGUUAGUUACUUACAUAAAUAUAUACCAAGUUUAAAUUACCAACCAACUUGAUGUUAAACUUAUUCAUUUUAAGAUAUUUAUAUUUUAACCACAAUAUAUUAUACUGUGAUUUUAACUAUACAAUUUGCAUUGGUAGUUUUAUAUUAAAUCAUACAUAAUUAUAAUAUAUAAAAAGGUAAGCUAAUCUAAAAUAGCUGGUUCAAUCUAUUAUCUAAACUUCCCUUGAAUCAUCAAAGUUGGUCGAUAAUUAUAAUUUAAUCAAUAAACAGUAUUUCUUGAGUUAUAUUUAAAUUAGGUACUUUGAGGUAGCAACAUUAUUAAAUGUCUCAACUUACUAGAGUUGUUAAGAAACAAUUAUGUAAUAACAAUAAUUAUAUUCACUAACUGAAGUCUAUGGCAUAGCUACGGCUCAAGAACUUUAGUCAGAAUUUUGACAGCUUCUCUAAGCUAGUCUGAUGUCUUACAGGUAGGUAUUCGUAUGUCUUAUACAAACUUUGUAGGAGUUUUAAACUUAUUAAUUUGUGUUUCUAUAAUUUGAAAUAGUAAUAAUUUAUGAAAGUAAGUUUGAAUAAUUUUUGUCAAUGUUAAGACUCUCUUAUCAAUAUAGAGGCUAAAGUUUCACUAAAUCGUGUUAAUAGGAUUUACAAUGCUCGUAGUAAAAUAAGCUAGUGAGCGAUGUCAAACACAACAUUAACUAUGCUCAACAAUAUUUUUGGAAAAAUAUCAAAAUGUAUAAAACAAUACAAUUAAUACAAUACUGUAAAUAUUAUUCUUAUUACCUUGGCACGUAGAAAAUAUUAUUGGUACUAUCAAUGUGUUCAAAAAAUAAUUUCCUAAUAGUGAAGCAAAAAAAAAAACUAUAUUGAAAUCAAAUUUUUAAUUGGGUGGAUGAGGGUGUCCCUUUUGGCUUAUUUUUGUCAUAAAAUAUAUGAUAAAGCAAUGAAUGUAUAACUUGGCCUCAGAAUACUCAACAAUUCACCCCCCCCCCUUUCAAAAAAGCUGAGCUCACCACUGAUACUCAUGUCUGUAUGCACGCAAACCACCCUUUUGUGGGUUGAUUCUUUUAUUUCUAUUAACAUUUUUAUUUAUGAACUAUAAUGUACUUCUCAUAUGUAUAAAUAUUUUUAUUGAUUAUUCGAAAUAUAA